AUGUUGCAGUAUGGCAACUUUAUGAGAGUGCCGUAUCUGUCAGAAGGGCGUAGACUUGUCCUUGUGUCUGCUACCGGCUUUGUUCUAGUGUCGAAAGAUCCAGAUUACCUGAAGCUCUGGUUGGACAGUUUUGUUUCUAGUUAUGAACAGUUUCUGGAUGUGGACUUUGAGAAGCUGCCAACGAGGGUGGAUGAUGUUCCUCCAGGAAUAUCACUGCUUCCUGAUAACAUUCUUCAGGUCUUGAGGCUCCAGCUACUACAGUGUGUCCAGAAGAUGUCAGAUGGACUAGAAGAACAGCAGCAAGCUCUGUCACUUUUGCUUGUGAAAUUCUUUAUCAUCCUUUGCAGAAAUUUGGCUAAUGUGGAAGAGAUCGGAAUGUGUUCAUACAUUAACCAUGUUAUCACCAUGACCACGUUAUACAUUCAACAGUUAAAAAGCAAAACAAAAGAGAAAGAAGUGGCAGAUCAGACCCCAAUAGAAGAAUUUGUAAGACAUGCAUUGGCUUUUUGUGAAAGUCUCUAUGAUCCAUAUCGAAACUGGAGGCAACGAAUUGCAGGACGUAUCGUUAGCACAGUUGAAAAGAGCAGACAGAAGUAUAAGCCAGCUUCCCUCACGGUUGAGUUUGUCCCUUUCUUUUACCAAAACUUUCAAGAAAGUGAACAUCUCAAGGAAAGCCUCAAAUGUUGCUUGCUGCAUCUCUUUGGAGCUAUUGUGGCUGGUGGUCAGAGGAACGCUCUUCAAGCAGUAUCUCCUGCCACCAUGGAAGUCUUGAUGCGUGUUUUAGCAGACUGUGACAACUGGGAUGACAGGAACCCGGAGGAAGUGAGCAGGAAGGCAGAGCUGACUCUGAAGUGCCUGACAGAAGUUGUCCAUAUCCUUCUAACCAGCAGUUCUGACCAGCGGCAAGUGGAGACCAGUACAAUAUUGGAGAACUAUUUCAAGCUGCUUAAUUCAGACCAUUCAGCUUUACCUAAGGCAAGGCGAUGUAGGCAGUGGGAGAAGAGGUUCAUAGCACUACAGGUCCAAAUGUUGAACACCAUCACAGCCAUGUUAGACUGCACAGAUAGGCCUGUUCUGCAGGCAAUUUUCCUUAACAGUAACUGCUUUGAGCAUCUCAUUCGACUGCUGCAGAACUGCAAGCUGUUUUUAAAUGCUAACAAUAAAGUGGCAGACAAGAGUGAAAAAGACCUUGCCAACAAAUUACUGACAGAAAUGAAUGAGGACCAGGUGUUUCAGGGACACCUAGAUUGCUUGGCAGUAUCAACCAUUCAAGCCCUCACAGCAGUAAUGCACAAGUCUCCAGCUGCUAAGGAGGUCUUCAAGGAAAGAAUUGGUUAUGCACACAUAUACGAGGUACUAAAGUCGCUAGGUCAGCCCUCCCGGGAACUGCUGGAAGAACUCAUGAAUAUGGCUGUUGAAGGUGACCACAUGGCUGUUGGGUUACUGGGCAUUAGUAAUGUCCAGCCCUUACUACUGCUUAUCCAGUGGCUUCCAGAGCUAGAGUCACCUGAUCUGCAGAUUUUCAUCUCAAGUUGGUUGCGGCGAAUCUGUUGUAUUAACAGGCAGAGUCGUGCCACGUGUGUCAACGCGAACAUGGUCAUCCGUAUCAUUGAGACAUUAAAUUCUCACUCCUCGCUCCAUAGCUCUUGUGCAGAGAAUCUGAUUGCUCUUCUGGGCUCUUUGGGGAGCCAGUCUAUGGGCUCGGAAGAACUGCUCCGACUAAUACGGCUCCUGAGGACUGAGGAACCAAAACAGGCUCACCCUUAUGUUGUGCCAGUGAUGCGAGCCAUCCUAGCAAUGGCCCGAAAGCAGGGCAUGGCGAGUGCCUUGCAGUAUUUCAACUUGUACCACAGUAUGGCGGGAAUUGCUGUUCCAUCAAUUCAUAAGUGGCCAGGCUCUGCAUUUUCUUUCAAUGCUUGGCUCUGCCUUGACCAAGACCAAGUGACUCCUAGCACGACUAGCAAAAGUAGCAAGAGGAAGCAACUUUAUAGCUUUUUUACAGGAAGUGGUAUGGGUUUUGAAGCCUUCAUAACAUACUCUGGGGUAUUGGUGGUUGCGGUUUGCACAAAGAGGGAAUACGCAACAGUGAUGCUGCCUGACCAUUGUUUUUGCGACUCUCUCUGGCACAACAUAACUAUUGUUCACUUGCCUGGAAAGAGGCCCUUUGGUCAGAGCCUUGUCUACAUCUAUGUCAAUGGACAGCAGAAGGUCUCUGCCCCGCUUCGAUUCCCUGCUAUGAAUGAACCUUUUACUUCCUGCUGCAUUGGUUCAGCUGGUCAGAGAACGACGACUCCUCCUCCAUCUCAGAUACCAGACCCACCUUUUUCCUCUCCUGUUAUGCCCCAUCGUACAUCACUUGGAGGCAUUCUCUCUCCAGGAGGCUGGAGUGGGAUGCUAGCAAAACCAGAGCUCGUCACCAAGAUGAUCUCAGCAGGGACUCAGGACAGCGAAUGGGGAUGCCCAACAUCUCUGGAGGGCCAGCUUGGAUCAGUUAUCAUCUUCCAUGAAGCACUGCAGCCCCCUCAGGUGAAAGCAUUGUAUUUGGCAGGUCCAAACUGUUUGACUCCAUGGAAAUCUCAAGAGUCUGAGGUAGCAGACCUCCCCAGUAAGGUGCUGCUUCAUUAUACACCGAAGGCCUGCAGAAACCCUAUUUGUCUUGAUCUAUCUGCAAAUCUUUUACAUGGAAGACUAACUGGAAACAAAGUAGUGAACUGGGACAUCAAGGAUAUGAUCAACUGUAUUGGUGGAAUAAACGUGCUGUUUCCAUUGCUGGAGCAGAUCAGCUUUCUUGGUGGACAGAUGCCUCAGAGGUCUGAAGGGGAAACUCUACCGCCGGAACUUGUUACUCCUGUGGAGGGAGACUGGGUGGUAUUGUCAUCCACAAAGGCAUCGGAGGCGCGUCUGGAGAAGAACAUUGUUGCAACUUUCAUCUUGACAAUAAAACACUUUAUUCAAAGACACCACGUUAAUCAAGAAAAUCUCAUCCACUCCCAUGGAGUUGCCACCCUAGGAGCCUUGUUACAGAAGGUGCCAAGAAACUUGAUGGAUGUGAAUGUACUGAUGGCUGUGCAGUUGUUGAUAGAACAAGUCUCAGUAGAAAAGAACAUGCAGCUUUUGCAACAGAUGUAUCAACACUUGCUGUUUGACUUCAGUAUCUGGAACAGUGGGGACUUCCCCUACAGAAUUGGGCAUAUACAAUAUCUUUCUACAAUCAUCAAAGACAGCAGAAGGCUCUUCAGAAAGAAGUAUGGUGUGCAGUUUCUUCUAGACACACUGAGGAUUUAUUAUGGGAGUAGCUGUAAAGACAGCGAUUUGGCUCCUGAUGACUUGAGAACAAUAAGGACAUCCCUUUAUGGACUGAUCAAAUAUUUCCUGAGCAAAGGUGGAACACAUGAAGAAAUACAGAGCAUCAUAGGAUAUAUAGCUGCCACCAACGAAGAGGAUCAGCUCUGUGGAAUUCUGGAUGUUCUCUUCAGCCUACUUCAUUCCAGCCCAACACCAGACCAGCUUUUUUUAUUGCUUUUUGAACCAGGAAAUGCUGAUAUUCUUUAUGCUCUGUUAUUGCAUCAACGAUACUCUGACAGACUGAGAGAACUUGUGUUCAAGAUUGUGGAAGAGAUGUUGAAGUGUACUAAAGUCUAUGAACGGAGUAAGCAGCGUAUGAGACUCAGAGAAGUGGGAUACUCUGGACUGGGGCUUCUUCUGAAUGAAUCGCCGGUUUCUGUUUCCUUCAUUAAAAACCUUCUUAACCAAAUUCUGUAUGCAGAUCCUGCUGUGAAUUUUAAAGACCUCAUAGCUGUAGUGCAUCUGGCUCAUAGAUCUGAUGUAAACGUCAGAGUGGCUAUUUGUAGAAAGGUUUUGCACCUUUUGCAUUCCCAACCAGAUGCAGCACAACAGUUUGCUCAGCAGCUGGGGUGGCAGGACACUUUGAUUAGACUAUUCCUGAAAGAGAACUCUGAUGUCCGGACUGGCCUUAAAGAGAGCAGGGCUGAUUCCUCAAGGGAAGAGGAAAAAAAGCUUCCUGCCGAAGAGCUUCAGAAACAUUAUGCUGAUAAGACAGAGGGAGACAAAGCUGGUAGCUUUGCCUCUGUCAAUGGUUUGUUUGAUCAGUGGAGUUUGGAAGACAGCAAAUCCCUGGAUGCUCCUGCUCACUUCUCUGUUAUGCCACUGGAAGAUACCUCUGCAGCAGAGAUAUCUUUUAGGUCAGAGGAACGAGAAGAAUUAUGGCACAGUAAUCCUUCCCACUUGAGUUUAGAUCUGUCCAGCGUUGAUUCUUAUGAACUGGCUGACAUCGGGAAUCAGAUGACAGAUAGCCUGCCCAGCACACCGUCACCUAUAGAGAACGCAAAACCAUUCUCUGGGCAACCUGACAAGGAGCUAGGUGUCAUAAAUGAUGUGGGUUUCACUACUGAUCUGUCUUUUUUUGAAAACCAAGGAGGGUGUGAUAAAGAACUCAUACAGUUACUUACAGACAUCCUGCUGUGCAUAAUGUGGAAAGGCAUUGAAAGGUCUGAUGAUGCUGCUUGGAUUGAGAGAGGACAGGUGUUUUCUGCACUGACCAAGCUGGGGAUAUCUAAUGAAUUGCUGCAACCUUCUGAUGAAAUAAAGCUCAACUUGCUGGAGAAGAUGUUAGAAUGGUCAGUCACUGAUAACAGAGAUUCAAAAGCUCUCCCUGCACAUGCUGAAAAUGCCUUCCGGCUCUUGCUAAUUGUACAAGAUUUCCUUCAGGCAGAAGGACUAGUUAAUUCAAAUUUAUGGACAGAAAAGCUCUUGGAAGAACUAGUGACUCUUAUGGAUUGUCUGUCAAUCUGGUACUCUGCUGGCCCGGAAGCAAUCCGACUUUCACAAGUGCAAGUCCAGUUGCUCCUUGGAUUCAUUGCACAAGAUAACUUACAGGUUUGUGCUAUGGCAGCAGCCAAACUAAACACCCUUCUUCAGACUAAAGUAAUUGAGAGCCAGCCUGAAGCAUGCUACCUCCUGGGGAAGCUGGAAGGCAUCCUGAGUAGAUCAAUUGAAGAGAAGACAGAAACGUACUCAUUUUUGAUUCCACUUGUUCGGACACUUGUAUCCAAAAUUUAUGAACUUCUCUUCAUGAACCUGCACCUCCCUUCAUUGCCUCCUACUAAUGGCAGCCCCUCUUUCUUUGAGGACUUUCAAGAGUAUUGCAGGUCUGAUGAGUGGCAAGUUUAUAUUGACAAAUAUAUUAUUCCAAAUAUGAAGCAGUAUGAAGGCAAUUCAUUCAGAGAUUGUCAUGAGCAUAUGGCACUUUAUUGGAAAGAUUGUUAUGAAGCAUUCAUGGUGAAUAUGCACAGGCGAGACCGGGAGAGAGGAGAAAGCAAGCUCAAGUUUCAGGAGCAUUUUGUGGAACCAUUCAGCAGAAAGGCUCGCCAGGAAAAUCUGCGGUACAACAAUAUGCUAAAGCAACUUAAUAGUCAACACAUAGCUACUCUGAGGCAAUGGAGAGCAGCCCAGCUUUACUUGCUCUCUGAACGUGGUCCUUGGUCUGAAAAGAAACAGCAUCCUGUUCACUGGAAACUUUCAAAUGUGGAGAAUUAUUCACGUAUGAGGCUAAAACUCGUGCAGAAUUACAACUUCAACUCUCAUCAGGAUGCUAGUGACCUGAGGGAUAAUUUAGGUGUGCACCAGACGCAGCCUUCUAGUGAGUCUCUGCUUCUGGAGGUGGUGAAGCAGGUAAAAGUGAGUGACUUGGAAGAUGAUAUUCUUGAACUACCAGAAGAAGACACAGCAGUCAGUGCCAAUAUGGAUGAGAAGGAGGAGCAAAGCCAGAAAGAAAAGCUGGUAUUAUCUGAAGACUGUGAACUCAUUACAGUAAUUGAUGUGAUACCUGGCAGGCUGGAGAUCACUACCCAGCACAUCUAUUUCUUUGAUGGUAGCAUUGAAAAAGAUGAAGGGGUAGGUUUUGAUUUCAAAUGGCACCUGUCACAAAUCCGUGAGAUACAUAUGCGUCGAUAUAACCUGAGGAGGUCAGCCUUGGAGAUCUUCCUUACCGAUCAAACCAACUAUUUCCUCAACUUCAAUAAGGAGGUGAGAAACAAAGUGUACAGUCGAAUUUUGUCACUGCGUUCUCCAAAUGUUUCUGGGACUAGAUCUCCACAGGAACUCUUCAAAGCUUCAGGUCUGAUGCAGAAAUGGGUAAACAGAGAAAUAUCCAACUUUGACUACCUUAUUCAGCUGAACACAAUGGCAGGACGAACUUACAACGACCUUGCUCAGUAAACUGUGUUCCCCUGGAUUUUACAAGAUUAUACUUCAGAAGAGCUGGACCUGAAUAAUCCUGCUGUCUUUAGAGAUCUGUCCAAACCCAUUGGGGUGGUAAAUGAGAAGAAUGCUAAGGCUGUGAAAGAGAAAUAUGAGAAUUUUGAGGAUCCCCUUGGGAUAAUUGACAAGUUUCAUUAUGGGACGCAUUACUCGAAUGCUGCUGGUGUCAUGCAUUACCUCAUUCGGGUAGAACCUUUCACGACACUUCAUAUCCAGCUUCAAAGUGGCAGGUUUGACUGUGGAAUGGACAACCCCAAUGACGUGAAGGAACUUAUACCAGAGUUCUUCUACUUCCCUGAGUUCCUGGAGAAUCAAAAUGGUUUCAACCUGGGUCAACUUCAAAUAUCCAAAGAGGUAGUAAAUGAUGUUGUUCUCCCCAAAUGGGCCCACUCCCCAGAAGACUUCAUUUGUAAGCACAGGAAGGCUCUGGAAUCUGAGUAUGUUUCUGCUCAUCUUCAUGAAUGGAUAGAUUUAAUUUUUGGCUACAAGCAGAGGGGACCAGCUGCAGUGGAGGCACUCAAUGUGUUCUAUUACUGUACUUAUGAAGGAGCUGUGGAUUUGGAUGCUUUAACGGAUGAGAAAGAAAGGAAAGCUUUAGAAGGGAUGAUAAACAAUUUUGGACAAACUCCCUGUCAGCUGCUAAAGGAGCCGCAUCCACAAAGGAUGUCUGCAGAAGAGGUAGUGCAGAGACUCGCUAAAAGCGAUACCUCUACUCUGAAUCUCUUCCAGCACCUCACUGAACUGAAGUCAUUCUUCAUAGAGGGAAUCAGUGAUGGUGUCCCCAUUGUCAAAGCUGUCGUCCCAAGGAAUCAAUCACGUUCCUUUAUGUCUCAGGGAAGCCCAGAGAUCUUGGUAACAGCAAGUCUGAACAGCCUUAUUGGAACCCAUGGUUGGCUACCGUAUGAUAAAAAUAUCUCCAACUACUUUACGUUCAUCAGAGAUACCACAGUGACAAACCCAAAAACCCAGCGCAGCAUAGGCGGUCCCUUCGCGCCAGGACUGGAGAUCACCUCAAAGUUGUUUGCAGUAUCCCAUGAUGCAAAAUUGCUGUUUAGUGGAGGACACUGGGAUAACAGCAUCAGAGUAACAUCCCUUACAAAAGGCAAGCUGGUUGGGCAGCACAUCAGGCACAUGGAUAUUGUGACCUGCUUGGCAAUAGAUUACUGUGGAAUCCAUCUAAUCUCCUUCAGCUGCAAGAGAAUGUGUCAUUGCACUUUUUGUUACUCUCAGGGAGGAGUGCCCGUAGGCCUGGCACCUAAGCCCUUGCAGAUCCUUUAUGGGCAUACCGAUGAAGUUUCGAGUGUUGGCAUCAGCACUGAGCUGGACAUGGCAGUGUCAGGAUCCAGGGAUGGGACUGUUAUUAUCCGCACUGUUCGGAAAGGUCAGUACAUGAGGACUUUGCGGCCACCUUGUGAGAGUUCUCUCCUGCUGACCGUUCCCAACCUGGCUGUGUCUUGGGAAGGUCAUAUAGUUGUCCACACCAGCAUAGAAGGAAAGACCACUCUUAAGGAUAAGAACGCAUUACAUCUCUAUUCUGUCAAUGGAAAAUAUCUGGGUUCUGAGACUUUGAAGGAGGAAGUAUCUGAUAUGUGUGUGACUGGCGAGUAUAUUGUGAUGGGCAGUUUGCAGGGAUUCCUUUCCAUACGGGAUCUCUACAGCCUGAAUCUGAGCGUCUCCCCCUUAGCUAUGCGACUGCCAAUUCAUUGCAUUUCUGUCACGAAAGAAUAUAGCCACAUCCUUGUUGGCUUGGAGGACGGCAAGUUGAUUAUCGUUGGUGUUGGCAAGCCAGCAGAGAUGCGCUCAGGUCAGCUUUCCCGAAAGCUAUGGGGAUCAAGCAAACGGCUCAGCCAGAUCUCAUCAGGAGAGACUGAAUAUAACACUCAAGAUCCCAAGUGACUGCUGCUUCCACCUUCUCUCAUGGAUUCCAGAAAAAUGCUUAAUCUUUUUGUCACUUUAAACAUAUCUCUCUACUUCUGGGGUUUGAUUCUUAACAAUCUGUUGAAGAUGAAGCUAUGGUAGAGGUAUAGUAAUUUCCAUGCAUACCUGUGCAAGUUAGCUUGCUUGCAUACUUUUCCUUAACCUUGUUGAGUUGGUCACAGCAGAAUCCUCUCUGAAUAGCUGCUAAAACCGUGUUUCAGGGAAACAAACAAACAAAAUACCCCAAACCUCCAAGCGCAAACUUGCUAAUCAGCUUUAAAUCAAGUGCUAUUUGUCUUAAAAUCUGAAUAGGGCUAGAUGCUGCUUGAUGACUAGGAAGAUGUUUGGCUUCGCUUUGACGGCAUUGCAAUUCCCCAACAGUAGACUAGGAGUCCACCAGUUGUGCUGAUCUGAAACGGGGAUAGCUGACACUAAUGGCCUUUUCAGUAUGUUUUUGUGUGUGGUGAUUUUUUUUUGUUGUUUUUAUUUUAUUUUUUGUUUGUUUAGACCAAUCCGCUUGUGAUUGAUUCCUGUAAAUGGCAAUUGCUGUCUUAUUUUGUCUAGUUCCAGUUUUAGGUUGUUCUGCAAGGAGCAUCUGUGUUGCACUACUUGAUUAUUAGAAAUCAUUUAAAGUACGGAAAUGAAUAACUUCAGAGGAGUUGAAGGAGGUGGGAAAUGCUGCUGAGAAUUAUUUAUAUUGUUAAGUAGACUAAGACAUACACUAAGAAAUCCCUUAAUAUAUUUUAGGAUCCUGUAGAAAGACAGAGGAAAUAAUCAAGUAUCCACAUUGGUCAAAGAUGCUGUUUCCUUAGUAAGGCAACGCCUGCAAACAGACAAUAACAAGUUUCCACUGCGGAAUCACUUGAACAACAUUGCAGCACAACUUGUACAGCACCUGGUUGUUUCUUGGCUUGGUGUUCACCAAACCAGUUGUUAGCUAUAUUUUUGUUUCUGGAAAGCAAGCAGGAAAACACAUAAUGGAUCCAUUUUUAAGAUUUCUUUAAUACCUUGGAAGAAAAUAGCAGAUCCUUGCAUGCACUGUACACAGCAGAAUAGGUAUGGAUUGGAUGCUGUUCUUGGAGAAGACGUUAGUGAGCAGUUUUGUUUUAGAGAUAUGUGAUGGUAGAAGAGUGCAUGUUUUCCUGUUGUUCUGGCAUUUCCACAAAGUAAACGUUAAUGUUUCAAAUGAUAAGCCCCCUACUGUUGGGAAAGCCUGGUGCUAAAGGGAAAAUACUAAUUUUUGGAUCGAAGUAUGAGGUUGUAUGUGUGUGUCUGUAUAUAUCUGUGUGUGUGUGUGUAUAUAUAUAUAUGUAUAUAUAUAUAUAUAUAUGUGUGUAUUGAAAGAAGAUACUAUUCCCCUUGCAUCUUUUGGGAUAAGGGGAGUAUAGAUAUAAGGCAGAGCUAUAAGUGAUUGUUAGCUAAUACGUUCCCUUUUGGGCUACCCCUUUCUCCCUUCUGCCAUUACUUUUCUUUUUCUUUUUUAAUUGUUGUUUUUAUUUAUUUAUGGAAAUGAGUGUGUGUUGUAUCUUCUAUAAAUGUUACCACGUAUUCCCUGUGGCUGGGGAGUUGUUGAACUACCUGAGGAAUUCCAUUAGGCAUAAUCUCAUUUCAUUAACUUUUAGCACAAUAUUUAUUAACUUUAUAGGAGCAGUAGUACCUCUGCCCCUCACCCCUUUCAGGGUGAUCUUUACAAGCUCUGUUAGUCUCAUUACAGCUGCUUUCUUCUCAAUUUCUUUAACAAAAAAAGUCCUCCUUAAUUAUUGAUUGUGUGCUCUGUAAAGAAUAUUGUGUUUCUUUAACUUUAGUAAAUGAAAUAAUAAAUCAGACUAGUGAACAAGUGGGUCUAUGCAUAGCUGCAAUAUUCUAACUAAUCACUGUGACAGACUGGGUCAUCUGGAAAGUUAGGAGAAGAUCAGAAGCAUUUCCUUAAGGCACGUGUCAAGACAACUUGUAAUUUCCAAAAAUUGAAGUGAGGUGUUCUUCAGAUUCUGCGUACACGCACACAUCCCAUACUUUCAAAUAAGCUGUAGCGAGGUGAAGUGAAAAAUGCUAACCCUUUAUAAUAGGUUAUCUAUCCAGUAGCAAUACUAAAGAUACUCUGGAAGUACUGAGCAUGCGUGUGCAAAUCUGCAGUAGGUUUGUCGUUUAUGAUUGCCUCAAGAAGGGAUUGCUGAGGAGCUCUUUAGAGAGCGCUUCAGGAGAAUUCCACCUCUGCACGUGGGAUUUUUGUCAUGUGGGAAGUCUAAAAAAGCUUGUUUGGGGGCAUUGAGUUAUGGCUUAUGUAAGUGUGCGUGUAUGUACCACUUUUAAGCGCAUAUAUGCGGUUAGGUGUGUAUUUCUGCAAGGGAGAAAUUAGGAUGUUUCGGGCUAGGAGAAUCAAGUGUAAAAACGGAGGAGACAGGUGUUUUGUAAUGUUUGGCCAGAAUAUGGGUUUUCUGUUGUCAUGUGCACAGAGAGGUUCACAUAUGGGUUCAAAGAACCUCUUGCUGUGUUUUAGGUAUGUUUAUACAAAAAUUGAAUUAAUGAAUGUGUUUAGUAAUUUAAUAUUCAAGAAUACUCAAUACACCGUGUCAGCUGAAGUAAAAGAUAAUCUCGUCCCAAUAAAUGGGGAUGCCAGAGGUCAUGAGGAAGUGCUUUGAUGUUUGAAUGCCAUCAUUUCAGUGCUUCACAAGCAUUAGGUGAUGGUCAUAACUAUCUGGGAAUGGUUUAAAUGUGGACAGUUGUUGGGCUCUCGAACUUGAGGCUGGUUUGUGCCCUGCAGCAGCAGGAGGGGAAGAACAGGUGAGCUCGGAGCUGCUUCAUGCUCUGUGUAUUUAUUAUUGAGCAGGAUGGCAGCAUCCAUUGUCAUUUAUUUAUUUGUUUUUAUCUGGCCCUUGAGGAUGAGAGGUAUGUGCUGUCACGCGCUCAGUGCUCUUUCCAGAGCGCCUCUGGAAAGACCCCCAUUGGUUUGAAGGUCUGCACUUUGCCUUUAUCUAAAACCAGCUUUGAAUAAGAUAUAGGCAGUAAGUGCAAGUAUUAGCUGAUAUUUUGCUUCUUUCUAUUUUAACUUAUUUUCUGUAAGUCAUCUUGGAUUAUUUGCUUUUGUUGUUGGGAGUUUUUCUGAAGAAAACUAUUUUUCUGGACAGCUGUUUAGGUUGAUUUAAUUGUAGUCUGUUAUACAGUGCACUGGGAAUUGGUGACUUUCUUCAAUCUUUUUUUCUUCCUUUUCUUCAAGGGAAUAAAGCUUAGGAUGUCACCACAUCCUUUUUUUCCAUGUUGAACAAUACAUCGUAGUGAAAUAGUUCAAGAACAAACAAGAAUUAAGAUUUAUUUAUUAAGUAUAAGAAGUAAAGCUGUGAGAUUAAACAAUUCCGAUUAAGAAUUUGGAAUAAACAAGUCUUAAGUGCACAGUUUCAUAACACUACAUUUGUCAAGACCAUCUUUGGUGGUAUUGUCUUACAUUUAACCUUUUGGACACCCCAAUGAUAUUUAUCAAAGCUGAAAUAUGCUUACCUCUGACACUAAGUAACAGUGUAAAUAUAUGUAUCUAAAAUAAACUGACUUUCUUAGCAUACCUGAAUAUAUACUAGAUCAAACAGUUAGCACAGUUAGAACUUGUAUACCAAAGGAUGAUGCUUAGAAGACAUCCCUUCUUUAUUUCAAGUAUCAUGUACUUGUCAAAUUUCUCUUCAUCUAUGUAGGUAUAAUUCUUGGUGGUGUUUUUUAGUGGUCUUAUUUUUAUCGGUAGUGAAGAAUCUCAUCUAGUCUGUGUGAUUUUUGUAGUGUAUCAGCAUUCGGAAAGUGAAACAUUCGCUGCUGAAGUUAGCAUCUGAAUUAUGUGAGUUAUACUGUAUCAAUCUAUUUGUUAUCUAAUACUCACUCGUAGGAUAAGAAACCGUAUGUCUUCCAUCAUCCGCAUACCUUACCAACACCAGCACAAAAUAAUAAUAAUCCUAAUCUUCAAGCUAAGCUGUAUUUCUCUUGUUGGUUAAUGCACGUUGUGGAAAUUUCAUUUUAGGAAGCUUGUUUGAUUAGCAAAACAAUCUGUAAUCUAUUUUUUAAUCCGCAACAUUGAUACAAACAAGCUUUUUUCCCCCAGCCUACCUUAGAUCACACAUGUUACCACAAACCAGAUGUAUCAAAAUCUUUACAGGCUUUAAAUAGUUGAGAGUUGGCUGUUUUAUAAAGAUCCUCUUUAAAGCUGUAUUUUUGUGUCCUUAAAGUUAAGUGCAAAGAACUAUGUUUCUGCACUGUAAAAAUCAUGUAUGGUACUGGUAGUGGUCCUAUAGCAGUUUACGUUAAGAUGCCUGCAGGAAUUAAUUUAUUUUUAUUUACAAUGCGCAAUAGGUGUUUAAUCCUGCCUGGGGCGAUGGGAGCGUUAUACCUGACUCCGCUAGACCUUGUAUCCCUCCUCCCCACCCUUCCCCUGUUAAGUCCCACCUGGGGAUUUUUGUUACUUGAGAUUGGAGGAAGUAUAUACAGCAACCAAACUCUUAAACACUUCUACUGUGUAUGCAUUGUAUUUAGUUGGAAGUGUUUAUCGAUCUACAGGUUACAGUAUGGUAGGCAGCUUUAAAGCUAGGGAGGCAGCAGUGGUGGCUGGUGUUCCCACCAGCCUCCAUAAGCUCCUAAACAGACUCUUUGGAGCCUCCUGCUCUGCGUUGUCACCUAAAGGCACCCCUCUUCCACUGCUAAAGGCACCUUGCUGGCUAGGUUAGAUGCUGAGGCUGGGUGCUGUGAACAUUUUCUUUUCUUUAUUUGUUUUUUCUUUCAAAGAACUAAAAAAGCUUAAAUAGAUACGUGAUCUUAUGUGAACCUAAGGUCUGAUCUAGUAAAUACUGUUAAAUGAAAGCAUUAAGGAAAGGAUACAUUUAGCUUGGGGAUUUUAAGCAUGUAGUUGAGUGCUUUCUGGAAUGGGCUCUUCAUGCUUUUUGUUUAACAGCUCUGUAGCUUUCAGUUGUAAACGUGACACCUGGUAGUAGUCGGUUGCUUGUGGAAGUUACGCUAAGAACUGACUUAAGCUGUACAAACAUACGCUCUCUCUGGGCUAGUUAUCACACAUAUUAGCAAAACCUCCACAAAGUCAAUAUUAUAGAUGAGUAAAGAAAACGUUCUCAGACGACGCGUGCCAAAGUGCUGCACUUGUACAAACUAAUUUAUUUUUCAUUCUUCUUGCUGAGCAUGAACGUUGUUUCUUGGGGAAUGCACAGUCAUAUGUGGUGCUGUAAUAAACCAGUGACAGCCCAGUAAGUACCAGGGAGUUAGUGAAAAGGGUGUCUGGUAACAGAUUGCAUUAAUUUGCAUAGCUUUAAAACUGUGCAAAUUUGGCUGAGACUGCAGAAAUCCAGUCAGUAACGCAAGAUGUACUUUCUCCUUUUGAGAGAGUAAUAAUUAUUUUUUUUGCAGUCAUAUGCAUGUGAAUUCCUUGUGUGCCAAUGUCAGACUCAACUGGAGUGUUUGGAAGAUGUCUUUCCUUCCAUCCCAAGGAGUCAAAUUCUUCUAAAUUAUCUCUAAUACCAUUGUUAGCACAUGCUUUUUUAAAAAAAAAAAAAAAAAAAAAAGCAAGGAAGAGUUUCUUAAAGGCUACUGCAGUUGAUAAAACUAGGUAAAAUACUGUCGUCCCCUUCUUCACUAUCAUAGCCGUCAGAUGCCUGAAUGCAGAAAUGCCUCUUGAGUGGCAGCUUAGCAUGCUCUGCACAGGUUACUUUGAGUCAAGUGCUGUUCUUCCUCUUACUACUGCCAGAUGCCAGGUCUUAAACACCCUAUAGGUGAGGAACUGUUUCUAGUGUUUAAUCAAAGAUAUCAUUUGGUUGGUUUUAGUUCACGUCCUUUUGCUGUGCAUUGCUGGACGAAAACUGGUGGGUUUGUGUUUGGUUUUUUUUUUUCUUUCUUUUAGUGACCACUUACCCACAUGGCCCAGGUAGAAUAGGUGUUUCACCGCUGCUCUUCAGAAGAGAGUUCCUCCAGUUGUGUGUGCUUUCUAGUGUUUUUUUUUUUUUUUUUUUCCUGCUGGACUUGGGAAACCUGGCAGGUAUUUCCCAAGCAUAGAUCUGUGAUUAGACUCGGUGCAGACACAAUUUCAUAACACAUCUUCUGCCCUUGAAGCAUGAUUGUCAGUAGAGGUUAUGGUUUAAAGCUGCUAAGGUGUCUUGAGUUAUAAAACAUCCAGUCAUAUUUAUUGUAGGUGUGACUUAGAGGCCUCUCAUUUAUUUAACUUCCUAUCUAGUCAGUAUUUACUCUUGAGGGAGCCAUAUUUUUUUGCAUCGAAGCAACUGUUUAAAAUAUACUCAUGUACCUGACCGUACUGCUUUAAUCAUAAGUAGCUGUAUGUGAGCUGUUACUUAAAGCCAUGAAAAAAUGUUUCAAGAAAAACUUGCUACAUGUGUUCUGAUUCAACCCUUAGCUAUGCAGGAGCAGCCUAAUCUAAGAGUGGAGAAAUGCUGCUUUUAAGAAUUAUCUCCCUUUGGUCAGGCUUUGUUGGAAACUGUGCUGCUACUCGGUUUUCUUGAUUAGGUUAGGUAAGUGAGACACUUGAACAUGCUUCAGCAUUUGUUUAAAUUACUAAAGCUUAAUGGGGGUGGGGGAAAUAAAAGCCUUACUUAUAGCAACAGUUAACCAUAUCUUCUGGUAAUUUUUACAAAUUGUGCAAUUAUGUGAUUACAAAUGGAUUUCUAAAUGCCAAAAAAUGCCUUUCUUUAAAGUUAAGUGUUAGUUUUGAGGAGUGUUGAAGAUAUCUAAUUUCAAAGAUGAGCCUUCAGGCACUGUAAGGAACUUGCUGUUAGUCUUCUGUGCAAUAUCUUUUUUCCCUUCUGGGUGCUUUAAGUAUAUACUGUAUGUCUUAUUGUUUUGAUCAGUAUGUUUUAAGAGUGUGUAUAUUGGCUAAUGAUGGAUUUUUCUGUACAGCAUGAUGGAAGAUGUUUUAAAAUUUUGCACUUUUCUAGGAUUUGCAAGUUUGUAACCUAACAAUUUUUAAGAUGCACACUUUUGUACAUAACUAAAUUAGCUUUGUAUAUAUUUAACAUGGGUAUGAAGCAAAUAAAAAUCAUUGAAUGCA